CUUUUUGUGGUACAAAGAUAACAACAUGUCCUGCGAAAUAAUUGAGUACCGCAUGCGCGUGCACAUCUUCGGGAACAGUCCCUCCCCCUCUGUCGCUAUAUACGGCCUCAAGAAAGCGGCAACGACUGGUGAAGCAGAGUUCGGGACCAAUGUGCGCAGAUUCAUAGAGCGAGAUUUCUAUGUCGACGAUGCCCUCAAGUCAUUCCCCACUGAGCAAGAAGCAGUUCAUGUUCUAAGACAAGCACAGCAGGCUCUCGCUUAUUCAAAUCUCAGGCUACAUAAAGUCACCUCAAACCGCCAAGCUGUUCUGAAAGCCUUUCCACCAGAAGACAGAGCUAAAGAUGUCAAAAACUUGGAUCUGUGUGCACAAGAUCUCCCUGUCCAGCGGAGUUUGGGACUGUUGUGGAAUGUUGGUCUUGACACUUUCACAUUCAAAGUUGAUGAGGAUCAAAAGCCCUUCACUCGUAGAGGCGUCCUCUCUACAGUCAAUAGUCUCUACGACCCCCUCGGGUUCCUCGCCCCCAUCACAAUCCAAGGCAAGCAAAUACUGAGAGAGCUAACCAGUUUGACGGAUGGCUGGGACGCACCUCUUCCAGACGACAUAAAGGCAGAGUGGUGCAAGUGGAAGGACUCUCUCCAAGAUCUGCAAAGUCUGCAAAUAAAGCGUCCUUACACCUUGCUCUCCACAACUAACGCCCAAAAAAGAGAACUCUUCAUAUUUGCUGAUGCGUCUGUAAAAGCCAUUGCAGCCGUUGCAUAUAUCAAAGUCUCAAUGUCAGAAACUACAGAAACUGGAUUUGUGUUUGGAAAGACCAAGUUGGCUCCUCAAUCAGGCCUCACGAUUCCAAGACUCGAGCUAUGUGCCGCAGUGCUCGCAGUUGAAGUUGCAGAGUUGAUAGUAGCAGAAAUGGACAUUUCAUUUGACAACAUUGAGUACCAUACGGACAGCAAAGUUGUGCUAGGGUACAUAUACAACCAGACCCGAAGAUUUUAUGUGUACGUGCAUAACCGAGUGCAACGCAUACUCCAGUCGACACGCCCUCACCAAUGGAAAUACGUUCCAUCUGAGCUCAACCCAGCAGACUACGGGUCUCGUUCUGUGACAGCAGCCCAACUGAGCAGCACAACAUGGUUGGAAGGACCGGCCUUCCUCCUCAAGCCUUCACUACAGGUACCUCCAUUUGAAAACUACAACCUUGUUGAUCCCGCUGCUGACAUAGAAGUACGCCCCUUUGUGACAACAAACCUGACUCACGUCACAAAACCAGCAAUCGCUCCAACAUGUUUUGAAAAGUUCUCAAACUACAGCGCUCUAAUCAGAACAAUAGCCCAGUUGGUUCAUGUCGUUCGCUCAUUCAAUCACUCCAACCAAGCAUCCAGCUGCCACGGCUGGCACCUUUGUCGACCUACAAAAGAAGAGAUGGCAAAGGCGAAGAUUUGUGUCAUAAAGAGUGUUCAAAGUGAGUACUACAAAGAAGAGCUAAAAUGCAUAUCAGAAGAGACAAAGAUUCCCCCCUCAAGCAGUCUUUGGAAGCUGCACCCCAUAUUGGACAAUGAUGGACUCUUAAGAGUUGGGGGCCGAAUCACACAUUCUGAGCUGGGUAUCGACACCACUCACCCUCUCAUCAUUCCAGCCAGACACCACUUGGGCACCCUCCUGAUACGCCACUACCAUGGAUCUGUGAAACAUCAGGGGAGGCAUUUCACCGAAGGCGCGAUAAGAGCUGCAGGAUUCUGGCUAGUGGGAGCCAAACGAAGCAUUAGCACUGCUCUUUUCAAGUGUGUCACAUGCAGGAAGUUACGAGGAAGAGCUGAAUGUCAACAGAUGGGAAACUUACCUCCUGAACGGAUGAAGGUUGCACCCCCAUUCACAUACGUGGGUGUGGAUGUGUUUGGACCGUGGGACGUUUUCACCCGUCGCACAAGAGGAGGCCAAGCCAAUUCCAAAAGGUGGGCCGUCAUGUUUUCCUGCAUGUCUACGAGAGCAGUACAUAUCGAGUUAAUCGAAACAAUGACCACGGACAGUUUCAUAAACGCUCUGAGGCGGCUCUUUGCAAUCAGAGGCCCGGCAAAACAAAUCAGGUCUGAUUGCGGCACAAAUUUAAUCGGCGCCUCUCACGAACUGAAAAUGGUUGAGACGGAUCUUUCCAUCAAGGAUGUCGAAGACUACCUGAACAAACAAGACUGCUCAUGGAUCUUCAAUCCUCCGCACGCAUCACAUAUGGGUGGUGCUUGGGAGCGAAUGAUCGGGAUUGCCAGACGCAUCCUCAACUCUAUGUUCCAAGAUUGUAAAAAAGCAAUGUUGACCCACGAACUGUUGUCUACGUUUAUGGCCGAAGUCUGCGCCAUCAUGAAUGCUCGUCCUCUUGUUCCCGUGUCUACCGAUCCUGAGUCACCUCUUAUCCUCACGCCGUCGAUGCUGCUCACCAUGAAAACAGGAUGUGCGCCACCACCUCCUGGAAACUUUGAAAACGGGAUACUUCUGAAGGAACAAUGGAAAAGGGUUCAAAGUCUUGCUGACAUCUUUUGGUCAAAAUGGAGACGUGAGUAUCUUCACACUCUGCAGCUGCGCCACAAAUGGCAGGAUAAGAAGCAAAGCCUCAAGGAAGGAGACAUCGUUCUGCUCAAGGACUCUCAGGCCAAAAGGAACGAGUGGCCCAUGUCUAUUGUCUCCAAGACCAUCCCAGGGAAGGACGGACUUGUCAGGAAAGUUGAAGUAACUACUUCUCAUGCCGGAACUAAGAAGACUUUUUCGCGCCCUGUAACCGAAGUGGUGCUGCUUUUGUCCCCCGAGCAAUUUGGAGACCGUUAAUUUGAAUGUGGGAUAGUAUUAUCCCAGGCGGGGAGUGUUAUGUUUAUUGUGUAUAAUAUUGUUGGUGUUACUAUUAGUUGAAAUACGCCACCAGGUGAUCACUUUAAGUUAUUGUUUAAGUUAAUAGUAGAAGAAGAAUAUGGACAGGAAGUGCCGAUACCCAGAAUCAAACGGCAGCUCCACACUCUUUCUGGUUCUUUCUUGGUGUUUGUUAAAGCAUUGUCUUUUCACAAAAAGGAACUAGCACUGAAGUAAACUUCAUUAACCAGUCAUCGCUGUCCGGAGUUUCUUCAUGUUCAAGAUUGUUUAGCUGUUUGGAUAGCUAGUGCGAGUAUCUAGCGAGGCCAUUAACAA